GCGCUGAAGUAUCUGGAGACUGCCGCCCCACUAUUUGAGAAGGGUUCAUUGAUGUGCAGACCACCGGCUACCGAGUUGGUCACCGGGAAGAUGCUGAGCGUCGCGCGACGGUACUACAAUCGCGAGCUGGAGUCUGUGGACGAGUCGACGAAACAGGAGCUUUGCUUGCUAGGCUUACCGCCUUCCAUGCGGGUUGUGCGAAAGGACGGCAAUAGCUCCGGAAAUUCAUCUUCACGAGGAUCGUCACAAGAGGCGGAAUUGUAUGCAGCCUUCGCAGGCACAACGAACGGGCAGGGCAAGUUUCAACAUGAUUUGUCGAAUGUCAACCUCGAUCAGUCAACAAACUUCGACCAGUCGGCAAACUUCUUCGCUGGGAUGGACCUCAGCAUGGACAUGGCGAACUGGCAGAUUCCGGACGCGACGUUGCGCCAGGAGGGGAACCCAAACUUUGACCUGUCGGCCGCGGGCAAUGGGCUCAACAACUACGGCAGCAACAUGCCACCUGGUAUCGACCAGCUCAUGUUCGGCCAGCAGGGGUGGAAUGGCGCGUCGUCCGACGCUAGGACCUUCCACCAGGGCCCGACGGAUGUGGGUUCGUUGGCGGGGAUGGGUAGCGGGCUGGGCAUGUUCUCGGAUAUGCCGCUAGGCAUCGAUCUGGUCAUGGGGAUGGGGUCGGGGAGCAGCAUGGGCUCAGGCAAUCCCUCGAGUAGGGAUAGUCCUGGCUCGAUGGGCUCUGGGUCCUCGCCAUAUGGUGGGUUAGGCAGUGGUGGGACGCCGUCAAGUGGGUCGUCGUCCUCCGGGCAACAGCACUACGACCCGAGGAUGGCGCAGUACGAUGUUCAAGGACUGUAUAACAUUUCUCCCGCGGCUGGCUCGCACGAUAAUAUCGCCUGGGGUGCUCAGACCGGGAGGCAGGGGCAAGGACAAGGACCCUCGGGAUUUAUGUAGAAAAAGUCACUUACCGUGUAUU